AUGCUAAGCGAAGCUACUCAACUUCGCCCCUUGGUACGUCGGCACAAAAGCACGACAGACAUUCCAUACAGUCCGUACCGUGGUUAUUUCCUCCGGGGAAAGCGGCCAACUCUCAACAUCAAUGCAGAAACUGAGUCCAGUCCAUAUCGCCGCUGCUCUUUGAGGGAAUCCAGUAGCCAACCCUGCGGGUGCCCCCGCCAUGCGCUUAGCGUCCCCAACAUGAGUGUCAGCCCGCAACGGACAAACCGGUCACCUUCACGUAGUGCUGCCUCUACCCCAGUGCAGGAGGUUGAGAAGAUUGCUAAGCUACGCUGCAAACUUCUGGACGAUGAGUCUGUCCAGAUGCCCACCUGUCCUCCAGAGACCCGUGAGGAGCUCCGCUAUGUCUCAAAAGAUGGAAAGUGCCGGGUUGAUCUGGGCCACAUCUCAGAGACGGGCCGCUUCUUCUCUGAUAUCUUUACCUCCUUUGUGGAUCUCCAGUACCGCUGGUUCCUUUUUGUCUUCAUGAUGUGCUAUGCUGUCACUUGGUUUUUAUUUGCCGGCCUUUACGUCCUGGAUGCACACCUGCGAGGCGACCUGCUUCACUCUGGUAACCAGGAUGAGCACGAGCCUUGCUAUCAAAAUGUGGACGGUUUCAUUUCUGCACUAUUGUUCUCUGUGGAAACCCAGCGAACCAUUGGUUAUGGGUCCCGCACAGUAUCACCUUCCUGCCAUGAAGGGGUGCUGCUGGUUAUGAUGCAAUGCAUCGUGGGUUCCAUGAUAGAUGCCCUCAUGGUGGGUUGUAUGUUUGUCAAGAUUUCCCGACCCAAGAAGAGGGCGCAGACGCUACUGUUCAGCCGCACCUGCGUUGUUGCAUAUCGGGAUGACCAGUUGUGCCUCAUGUUCCGGCUGGGCGACUUGCGCGACAGCCACAUGGUGGAUGCCAAAGUGAGAGCUAAGCUCAUCAAGUCAAGGCAGACUGCCGAGGGUGAGUUCUUGCCACUGGAGCAGUCGGAGAUCAACCUAGGCUACGAGAGUGGCUCCGACCGCCUCUUCCUAGUGGAGCCCCAGAUCAUACAGCAUACGAUUGACUCAAGCAGCCCUUUCUGGGAAAUAGGGCCAGAUCAACUGAGGAGGCAGCAGUUUGAGAUUAUAGUCAUCCUGGAAGGUAUUGUAGAGGCUACUGGAAUGAUGUGCCAGGCGAAGACGUCCUACAUCGAGACGGAGAUCGAGUGGGGCGCGCGCUUCGAGCCCUGCAUCACCGUGGAGAGGGGCUCUUUCCGCGUGGACAUGCGCCGUUUCCACAGCACAUUCCGGGUGCCGCUGCCGCGGUGCAGCGCGUGCGAGGCGCGGCAGCAGCACGCGGCGCUGGCAGAGCUCGAGCCGCGCGAGAUAGAGGAGGAGGACGGAAAGGCGCCGAGAGCGCGCAGCUUCGACAUCCAUAAGAUUCAGGAGGAGGAACGGCUGUCGGAAGGGAACGAGUGUAAUGCGACAAACAGCAACGAAACGGCCUCCGUCCCGUCACCGAGAGCUCGUGGAGCGCAGGGUCCCGGUGGUCUGCGGUCCUUCCCGGAAACACGUCACGGGGUGAUUGAUCGUACGCGAGAAGCACGACCUGUGGUACACGGAUGCAGCUGAGCUCGACGUGACGCGCGGAG